AUGUCGGGAAUGGUUGUCGAGGAGCCAGAUAUCGAAAUUGGCGCUGGCGUCUCGUCCAAGGCCAUCGGUCAACGCAUUGUGGCUGGCUUUGACGGCAAGCGUGGCCGAAACUCACACCGCUUUGGCGGCGGCGGUCGCAGCGCCCGCCUCGCGCCGAUCACCACUGCCACGUCCCUCCCCACAUGGUAG